AGGGCUGUCAUGAAAGACUAUUUCGUUGUUAUGUGAUACGCAUAAAAUGUUUGUUUUGCUUUGCUUGCAUUGUUUGUUAAAUCAGAUAUCAGAGUACAAAAACAUAAUAUAAAAAUUGUUACCUUUAAGUAAAACCAAAGAAACCCUACAGUUUACAAUUUAAAUGCAAUUAAUUGAGUUAAAAAAAUAAAUUUAAAAAUGCGAACAAUUGAGGGAAAAGUUGUUAUCUUAGGUUCAAGGGGAGUAGGGAAAACUAGUUUAGUUACAAAAUACAUUAAAAACUCACUCCAUAAGGAUAUUGGGCCAACAAUAGCAGCAUCAUUUUUUACAUGCAAAGUGUAUUUGAAUGAGGAAAAGAUUAAAUUGCAAAUAUGGGAUACAGCAGGUCAGGAACGUUUCCGAGCUGUCGCUCCAAUGUAUUAUCGGAAUUCGAAUGCAGCCAUUUUGGUAUUUGAUUUAUCUCAACAUGCGACUUUUACAGAAAUCAAAUCUUGGAUUCAAGAACUUCACCGAAAUGUUCAGGAUCCAAUGAUACUUACAUUAGUAGGGAAUAAACUUGAUCUCGCGUCAGCAAGGACCGUAUCACGAGAUGAAGCAUAUCACUUUGCUUCAUCCAUUGGUGCGAGUUAUUUUGAAACAUCGGCUGAAAAAGAUCAAGGGCUCGAACAAGUAUUCUACGCUACAGCUUUGGGUUUGGUUCGGUUAGCAGAUGAAGGAAAGAGUAGAAGUUUGCGCGCAUUCGAUUCUUGCGAUUCCAUAGCAGCCUACUCAAACAACAAUACCGCCUUAUGUCACAGCAAUAGCUCUACACAACUUUCAUUUCACUUACCUUCUGUUCACAUUGGAAUUCCAGUUGGCAACGAUGUAAAGGUUGAUGACGUUGGACGACUUGAAACACCAUCUUGGAGCAUAGAACAUAUUGCAUUUGGUGAUGAAGAACGAGUUAGUUGGUGCUGUCUCUAAUCCACUUGACUAAAACAGAGGAUGGUUUUAAAUGUAAAAACUUUGUGUAUUUUUGACUUAAAAACUUACUUUAAGCUUCACACACCGAAAUACGUGUAAGAAAUGAAUUUAUUUAUUUACUAGAUAUUUGCUAAUUUUAAGUUGUGGUUAAGAACAUUGAAUGCUGUAAAAUCUUUAUAAAUUAAAAAAUCGAACAUUUUAAUGAUAAAAUUGAAA